AUGUCUUUUCGCACGCGCCGCGUUCAAGCUUCCGGAGUUCCGAACACCCCUAGUCGCCCGGUUAACUCUAACCCUACGACCCCGGUUAUUGAAGCGAAGCGCAUGAAGCGUCCGCGGUACAAUACUAAGGAGCGCGCUCGCAAGUGUAUCACCUGCACCGGAAUGGGCAGAGUGUGUACUUGGUCGGAGGAUUCGAACGGGAAGGCCCUGCCGCGUUGCGACGACUGCACUGAUCGAAACAAGAAGUGUAGCGAUAUCCCCUUUUCCACCGAGAUCCUGGACCGUUACUUUGCCGCCCUGGCGGAUACGUCUCCUGCUAUAGAUGUUGCCCCUGUUAAUGGGCCCCGUGCUGAUUUCCUAAAGGCUGUGAAGCGGCAUACCUAA